ACGCGUAUCAUAUGAUGAUAAAAAAUAUCUUGAGCCGAGAAGAACGACCGACGAGUGUCGCUGUGUAUGCAUACAAAUAAUAGGCACUGGCACUGUCCUGGCACCGACUCACCACGACGCACCGAGAGGCGUCAGUGGAAGAUAUACGUCAAGGUUUGGAAGAAGUACCGAAGGAGAGUGGAUUUUCUUACUGACGAUUUUGAUUAUUUACAACCGCCCCGUUCUCGAUGAAUUCGGAUUAACAAUCUCGUCAGGUUAUUUUGCUGGGACAUUUAUAAUGUCUUCGGUCCAGCGUGCGUUUGCUCACAAGUUAAGCAAGCAGCAUGCCGCCGACGUAAGGCGGCAAAUUGCCACUUCUACCUCCUAUUCUCGUGAUUUGUCAAAAAGCGGUAGCAGUGUAUCAGGAUUUUCUUCCACGAUGUCCUUGUGUGAGGUAUUAGAGCCACUUGAUUACGAAGAAUUCUUGGGACAACACCAGUCAGUACUGGACCGUGAUCCUUUAAAACCGAUACUAGAUUUCCCACCGGGAGAUGUUGAAUUGAGAGUCAUAAAGAGGAAGAUUCGGACAGAGGAGCCAAUAGUACCGCACGAAUCAAUAGAUACAGUGUCGCCUUAUGUGAAAAGAUGCAUCGAGAGCUUUACUUCGGACUGGGUUGUAAUACAUCGCAAAUACAAAGGGAGAAUCUCGCCUAUCGCCAGAGACAGAUUGCUUCAGGAUACACCUAGACAAGAUUUCGAGGUGGAUCAGGAAGAUGCAAAUGGCUGUGUAUCACCGAGCGAAGAGGAUGAUUUGUCCAAUGCCGGAGAUACUCCGAGAGGGUCUUGGGCGAGUCUGGAUUUGCGACAUUCGCAGCAUGAUCCUCUUUUGCCGAGUUUAUUGGAUCGCGUCUGCCUCGAAACGAUCGAUCAGAUGAACGAGCAGAAAAGAUUGGAGGAUCGACAGGAAGCCUUAUUCCCGCUUUAUGCUCCUCCAACCUCUCCUGACGACGAAUGGCAGGAAAUCAGCGUUGCUCCGGACCCUACCGAGCCUUUUGCUCAUAAAGUUCUCGUGAAGUGUCUGCAGUUAAAAUUAGAACUGGAAGUGGAGCCAAUAUUCGCGAGUCUUGCGCUGUACGAUGCCAGAGAAAAGAAAAAAGUGUCAGAGAAUUUUUACGUCGAUAUGAAUUCAGAGGGAUUGAAAAGAAUGCUUGGGGGACACAUUGCUUAUAGCGAUGCAAGCACGUUAGCCAGAAGCUGCGUUUUGAGCAUCAGCAAACCCAGUCCCGAUUUGUUUCUUGUCGUACGGCUAGAGAAAGUAUUGCAGGGCGACAUAUCGGAGUGUGCCGAGCCGUAUUUACGCGAAGAUAAAAAUAAAGAUAAGGUCAGAGCUGCCGCCGCCGCUGCAUGCGAACGCCUGGGUCGUUAUAGAAUGCCUUUCGCGUGGACUGCAAUUCAUCUGUCUGGUGUAAUCGGUGGUGGUGGCGACACGGAUAGCACUGGCAGCGCUGGAUCCUUAGACAGAAAGUCAGGCAGUCUGGAACAGUGGCGAAAGAAGGUGGAACCGCCGACGCGACGAGGUUCGCUCGAAAGACGCAGUUCGGACAAAAGACGCAGUUGGUCACCGGACGAUUUUGCCAAUUGCCUCGACAGCUUCAGGCCCAUUACUUUAACAGUCUCAAGCUUCUUCAAGCAGGAAAGCGAACGACUUCGUGAUGAGGAUCUUUAUAAGCUUUUGGUUGAAUUACGAAGACCCGGCUCCAACUUGAAACGAUUGAAAUGCUUACCAGGGAUAUUAAAAUUGGAUCUCAGUCCUAGACCCGAGGAGCUACCGAGGUGUCUCGAUCCUGAUCUUAGAAGAUUAGUUCCGUAUCCGGAUGAAAAGAGCCGACCGGUUAAGGAGAUACUCGAAUUUCCGAGCGAAGUUGUUUCGCCAGAUUUAACGUAUCGUAAUCUUCUGUAUCUUUAUCCCAAGGAAGCGAACUUCAGCUCGAGAACUGGCUCGGCUCGCAAUAUCGCCGUAAGAAUUCAGCUCAUGGGAGGUGAGCAAGAAGCCGACGCGCUCACAGCUAUCUUCGGCAGAUCGUCGUGUCCCGAGAUGACGCACGAGUACUUUACGUCUGUGUCAUAUCACAACAAGAAUCCGAACUUUUACGACGAAAUCAAGAUAAGACUACCCGCGGAUUUAAGCGCGAAACAUCACUUACUCUUCACCUUCUAUCAUAUUAGCUGUCAGAAGAAAGCGGAACAACCAAACGUCGAAACGGCGGUCGCGUAUACGUGGCUACCGCUUUUAAGAGACGGCCAUCUCCAAUCAGGCGAAUUCAGCUUGCCAGCUAUGCUGGAUCCGCCACCCGCAAAUUAUUCUUACAUUGCGCCCGAUGUUCUUUUGCCAGGCACUCGAUGGGUGGACGCUCAUCGAGGAGUCUUCACAGUCAUAUUGGAGCCCGUUUCCAGCGUUCAUCCGCAAGACAAAUAUAUCGACAGAUUUUUAUCGUUAUGCGGCUUUUUGGAAACCGGUCAAGUUCCGCCCCGUAUCGGCGAAGCGGGCAUGGAAUCGGAAUUGAAAUCAGCCCUCCUCGAAUUAGCGCGCGCCUCGCAUUCCGCCUUGGUGCGAUCACUUCCCCAAUUAUUGGAUCAAUUGCUGUGUCUUCUAGUGCGACCGCCAACAUUACCGUCUCAAUCACUGAACGUCGCCGCUACCAUUUUCGAGGCCCUAGGACUGCUCGUGCGAAACAUCACCAAUCUACCGGACGGUCAAUUGGACGCGCAUGGUAGACAUGCACUUUUGGCCACCUACAUCGCGUAUCAAUGCUCCCUGCCGAGCAUGACUCACAACGGGGGCGUUGCACGAGCACAGAGCAAUCCCGAUUUGCCCUUGGAAGACCUGGAGAUGGAGAUCCACUCGCGAGGAUUGGACAGAACCGCGUCGAUGCGGCAAGAAUCGCCCUCGAUCAACAGUCAUCCCACCAGGAGACUUCUACACGAGGAGCUCGCCUUGCACUGGGUUGUAUCCACCGGUCAGGCGCGCGAGCUGGCGAUAACUCAUUCCUGGUUCUUCUUGGAGCUGAUAAUGCGAUCGAUGGCCGUGACGCUGUCCGAGAUGGCAUCCCUGGAGGCACUGCGAAAAGUGAGAUUCUCGCCGCAGUUCUGUGACGAUGUUGCGACGCUCACCGCUGCGUUAACGUCCGAGGUGGUAUCGCGCUGCGGCAAGGAGACCCGCGUGGCGUCCAACUUGAUAUCGAGCCUCGGCAACUUUCUGUCCGACCUGCUAUCCGUGAUGGACAGAGGAUUCGUCCUGUCGCUCGUCCGCGCCGCCUGUUGCUCGCUGUCGGAUGCAUCGAUGCACAUUCCCGACUCGGCGGCGUUGUUCGCCCUGAAACUCGAUCUCGUGAGAACGGUGUGCUCGCACGAGCACUACGUAGCGCUGAACCUUCCCUUCGGCACCGGCUAUACAUCAGGAUCCGCCCCGGCAUCGCCCAGUCCGUCGACUGGCAGCUCGGGCAGUCUGAUAUCUACUCUCGUGCCUGGGGAUAGAGCUCGGUUUUCGGAACUCAGUCAGGAAUUCAGGCAGCAGCACUUCCUGGUCGGCAUCGUUCUGUCCGAUCUGGCGAACACCUUGGAGAUACCAAAUCCGAUGCUGCAGAAUAAAGCCAUCGGGACGGUUCGGCAUCUUAUGAGCUGCCACGACGCCGAUCCACGAUAUUCCGAUCCCGCGGCGAAGGCCAGAGUCGCCGCGCUGUAUCUGCCGUUGCUGAGUAUCUUGAUGGAUGCCUUACCCCAGCUUUAUCACUGGGACUCCAAAGACAAAAGCGUCUAUCCGGAUGAAUCCGGAUCGAUCACGCAAUCGGUGGCACUGGCCAUUGCCGGCGGAGCAUCGGCGGACACCGCGGGCAAUCAGUGCCGCGUGUCCUUGAGCUCCGAAGCUACUCGACAUCUGUUAAUGUGUGCCUUGUGGGUACUCAAGGGACUGGAACGAACCGCCCUGGCGCAGUGGUGCUCCGAACUCAGCGCGCGACGCAUUCUGAGCUUGCUGCAAGUGCUGAACAUAGCCACCGCGGCUUUCGAGUACAAAGGCAAGAAGGCGCUUAAAAGGCUGCCACCUCAAGCAACGGCCACCAGCGAUAUUAGAUCGCGACUGGAGGACGUGAUUCUCGGCCAGGGAAGUGCCCGGAGCGAAAUGAUGCUGCGAAGAAAGGAGAGAGUGACUGGAGACAAAUUGAGAUGGCGCAAAGAUCAAAUGCCUUACAGAUCUUGUGAACAACCGGAAGGAAGAGCUGUGGAACAAGACGCCCAUAUAGAAGGAGCCUUAGCGGCUGAGGCUUCUCUUGUCGUAUUAGAUACUUUAGAAUCCGUAGUUCAAGCCGACGGCGGUGGAGGCGCGGUUGUCGGUGCGGUGUUGAAAGUGUUACUAAGAGCGCUGGCUAGAAAUCAAAGUACAUCGGUGCUUCAGCACAUGUUCAAUACACAGCGGGCUCUAGUCUUCAAGUUCCAUAGCGCAUUGUUCGACGAGGAGAGCGAGCGCUGCGGAGACUUGUGUUUAACACUGCUCACUCGAUGCAGCUCGCCCUUAAGCGCCAUUAGAAGUCACGCUGCUGCGAGUCUGUAUCUGCUGAUGCGACAGAAUUUCGAAAUUGGAAAUAAUUUUGCGCGCGUCAAGAUGCAAGUCACGACAUCCUUAUCCGCUCUCGUUGGCAGAGGAAGAGCUCCUAGCGAGGGAGCACUGCGUAGAGCCUUGAAAACGGUGCUGGUAUACGCUGAGAGAGAUACAGAGCUUGCAGACACAAGUUUCCCCGAACAAGUGAAGGACUUACUGUUCAAUCUUCAUAUGAUUCUCUCUGAUACUGUUAAGAUGAAGGAAUUCCAAGAGGAUCCCGAAAUGCUCUUGGAUCUAAUGUACAGAAUUGCCAAGGGUUAUCAAGGAUCGCCUGAUCUUCGCCUGACUUGGCUCGCGAACAUGGCGCAGCAGCAUAUGGAAAGGAAAAAUCACACGGAGGCAGCAAUGUGUUUGGUGCACAGCGCCGCUCUGGUAGCGGAGUAUCUUCAUCUACUAGAGCCUGGUGGCGGUGGCCGACCUGUAGGAGCUGUCGCUUUGAACGCCGUUACACCGAACGCUUUAGAGGAGAGCGCGGUCGGCGAUGACGUACUGGCCAGAAGGGAAGAAGGACUUUGCUUAGGCCCUGAUUUUUCAGAGAGCGGAUUGGCGGGUUUAUUGGAGCACGCGGCUAGCUCUUUUCACGCGGCUGGAAUGUACGAGGCCAUUCCUGAUGUCUAUAGGGUAUUGCUGCCUAUAGCGGAAGCUGCACACGACUACAAGAAAUUAGCUAAUAUUCACGGUAAACUUCACGAGGCAUACACGCGAGUGGAACAACUGGCCGGCAAACGCGUCUUCGGGACGUACUUCAGAGUUGGUUUCUACGGCGUAAGAUUCGGCGAUCUCGCCGGCGAAGAAUUCGUUUACAAAGAGCCGACCUUGACGAAACUCCCGGAGAUAUUCUCGAGACUCGAGAACUUCUACGCCGAGAGAUUCGGCGCGGAUAAUAUAGUAAUAAUAAAGGAUUCGAAUCCUGUGGAUCCCAGCAAGCUGGAAUCGGACAAGGCUUAUGUACAGAUCACUUACGUGGAGCCGUACUUUGAAGCGCACGAGCUUAGGCACAGACCAACAGUUUUCCAUAGGAAUUUCAACAUAAAACGAUUCGUUUAUGCAACACCUUUUACUCCUGGUGGCAAAGCUCACGGCGAGUUACGAGAGCAAUGCAAACGGAAGACUAUAUUAACGGUGGCCACGCAUUUCCCGUAUUUAAAAACCAGGAUUCGAGUCGUAGCUCGAAAACAGAUAGUUUUGAGUCCCAUUGAAGUCGCAAUCGAAGACAUACAGAAGAAGACUGCCGAGGUGGCCGCUGCAACCGCUCAGGAACCACCUGACGCAAAGAUGCUACAAAUGGUCCUUCAAGGUUGCAUUGGCACGACGGUCAAUCAAGGACCCGCUGAAGUGGCGGUCGUGUUUCUUUCCGGUUUGCGCGAACAAAACGCACAGCCGAGCAGAUUGCAGCACAAGCUCCGUUUGUGUUUCAAAGAUUUCCAGAAAAAGUGUCUCGACGCUUUGCGGCGCAACAAGAAUCUGAUCGGUCCCGAUCAGCGGGAUUAUCAGCGGGAGCUGGAGAGAAAUUAUCAAAGAUUGACCGAGAGACUGGCACCUCUCAUCGCUUGGAGCGGACCGUCCUUAAUUAAUCAGCAAACUGUACCAUCAACUCCUCCUCAACGCUGGUAAGGGAAUGAAACACUGCCAUAGAAGCUUACCAAAGACUCUUCUUCUUCACGUGCCAUCUCCGCGUCGGAGGUUGGCAAUCACUGGUCAUAGCAAUUUGAGAAUUUUGGAGGUUGCUCUUCUGAAAAGUUCUCUCGAAGUACAUCCAAACCAUUCCCUCAGAUUGAGCAGUCAUGAUAUUCUUCUUCCUAGAUUUUGUUUUCCUUGAAUUUUCCUCUGAAUUAUCAGUCGUAGUCAGUGAAAUAUCUUGUUCCCCUUGUUAUAUGUCCCAGAUAUUGCAAUUUUUUACACUUAACGGUGCUUAUAAGUUUCUUUUCUUUUUCUAUUCUUCUUAGCACUUCGACGUUCGUUACUCUUUUCGUUCCUCCAUGACUUCCUCAGCAUCCUUCGAUAGAUCCACAUCUCCAGUGCUUCGAGCUUUUUUAGGGACAUUGCGUUUAUCGUCCACGCCUCCGCUCCAUACAGCAGAGUCGAGAAGACAUAACACCUCAGCAAACGAGUGCAAUCAGCUUUAAAUUCAGGUCCCUGUUGGUUAGUAUUCUCUUCAUUUUUGUGAAAUUCCAAAGACUACUGUAUUCAAUUAUUAAUCGCGUUUGCGAUUGUCAUUUAGCUAAUUCUGCUUAUACUCUAUUUCACUAUUGUGAAAAAUAUUCGUACGUUGAAUCCUUAUUUUAUAACAGGAAAAAUUGUAAAAUAAAUAUAUAUAUUUAGCUAGAAGACUAGAUAUUAUGAAUUGUAUUAGUUACAUUAUGAAUUUUGUUAUUUAUAUUAUUUUAUAUACAUGUUAUGAGUCAUUGAUAAAUUGAUUUUUGUUAUAAAAAAAAAAAAGAUAAGGAUAGUAUUAUAAAACUAUCAGAUUUCCGAAUUUAUUAAGUUGUUAAAAACUUAAUGAUCAAAUAUAAAACAAGGAUUUAAUGUAAUUCAUUUAUAUUGAAAGUUUAUACUUAUUAGUAUAAAAGUAUUACAAUACGUUGUGAUCACAUUACAUAAAUGGAUUUAGAUGUGGUCGAAUAUUUAGAAUUUUUUUCAUAACUGAAAAAAAUGUAUUUGUAUAUAAAUAGUACGUUCUGUUCUAUCUA